GCAGCGUCAUCCCCCCCCCCCCACCUCCUCAGCGGCCGCGGCGGCCACAGCGACGGCGCGUACGCGGCUCGCAGGGGCGGCCCGUAUCCCUCCGCCGCCCGAGCGGCCCGGCCCUCCCUCUCCCGACCCGCCAAUCCCCGCGCCUCCCGACCUGCCCCUCGGCCUGGGCCCACCCCGCGCUCCGGCGGCCCCACCCCGGCGGCGCCGCCCGCCCGCCCGCCCGCGCGUCCCUCGGUCCACCUGCAACCCGCUGGAAGGCAGAGCAAUCCCUCCGGCUGUCCCAGCGAGAGGCGCCCGCCGCGCCCGAGGCCUUGGGCUCUUGCUCCCCGGCGGAGGGAUCCGCGGCGGCGGCGGAGGAGGCGGCGCCGAGCCGGGGAGGAAGAGGCAGCUACGGCGGCGGCGGCGGCGGCGACUGGGGCGGCAGCGCAUAAAGGGGGCCGCCGCCGGGUGAUGCGGUGACCGCUGCGGCAGGCCCAGCAGCUGAGUGGGCCCCGCGGCCCGCAGCCUACCCCGCCGGACCCGGGCCCCUCCUUCCCCCGUUCUCUCCUGCCGACCCGCGAUCCCGAGGCGCCUUCAGGCCCCCUCGUCCCUUCCCCGUCCCUCCCCCGCCCCGUCCCUGCCCGGGGGGCUACCGCCACCCGCCUCCCACCAUGGCUCUGAAGAGAAUCCACAAGGAAUUGAAUGACCUGGCCCGGGACCCCCCAGCACAGUGUUCAGCAGGUCCUGUUGGAGAUGAUAUGUUCCAUUGGCAGGCUACAAUAAUGGGGCCAAAUGACAGUCCUUAUCAGGGUGGAGUAUUUUUCUUGACAAUUCAUUUCCCUACAGAUUACCCCUUCAAACCACCUAAGGUUGCAUUUACAACAAGAAUUUAUCACCCAAAUAUUAACAGUAAUGGCAGCAUUUGUCUUGAUAUUCUACGGUCACAGUGGUCUCCAGCACUAACUAUUUCAAAAGUCCUCUUGUCCAUCUGUUCUCUGUUGUGUGAUCCCAAUCCAGAUGAUCCUUUAGUGCCUGAGAUUGCUCGGAUCUACAAAACAGAUAGAGAAAAGUACAACAGAAUAGCUCGGGAAUGGACUCAGAAGUAUGCGAUGUAAUUAACAAAAUUAUUGGAUAACCUCUACAAAUAAAGAUAGGGGAACUCUGAAAGAGAAAGUCCUUUUGAUUCCCAUUUGACUGCUUUCUAUGAGCCCACGCCUCAUCUUCCCCUGUGCACAUGUUUACCUGAUACAGCAGUACUGCGUGUUGUACAUACUUGGAGCAACAAACUAGAAAUGCUGUACUUCUGUACCAACAUUGCCUCCUAGCAGAGAAGUGUGUGUGUGUGACAAGCCAGUUCUCCAGGCAUAACCUAGGUGUGAGACUUAAAGCUUUUCUUAUUGACUUAAAUUUGGAUAAUGGCAUGGUGUGAGGGGUGGUGGGUGUGGUGUGUGCUUGGAUGGAGAGGAAAAGUUCCACUGAUCUAUAAGAGAUUGUUUCUAGGUGGAAUCCAUUUUAACUCAAAAACAGUUAUGGAAAGCAAGGUGAAGAACAUGAAGCUGUUUCUGUAUUCUUUUUUAUUCCUAAGGACCUACAUCUUAGGUGCAAGGUGAAGGUGAUGACCAACCAGAUAAUACUCUAUCCACAUCCUGUAUUUGAAGGUCUAAGUUUUACUGGUCAACUUGUAAAUGGAUUGGAGCUAUUAGUACGUAAAUUGUGAUGGGCUUUGUUCCCAACUCUUUUACAUCUCCCCACCCCUUCAACUUUUCAGCCAUUCUCUCUCUCCUUAUUCCUUGGUUUGUAUGUGGUUUCUUAGUUAAUACAUAGCUAAUAGCUCUUAUUUUUCUUAUGUUUUUAACUGCUUAGGUCUCUGGAUGUAAGGGUGAGAAUUCAUUUGAUGGAAAUACUUGUGAAUAUUUAAAGACCCAAUUGCUCCUCUGGAGCUUGUACGUUCAAGAAUGAUUAAUCUGUGUAAUAAACUGAUGACUACAGUCAUUACAUAUAAUUUUGUGUGAAUAGGCUUUUUGAUUUUAAGAACUUUGUCUAGCUAAGAUUAGUGGUGGACUUUCCCCACUCCUGAGAUGUUUUUCAUUUAUACUGGUUGCAUUUCAAAAAUCAUGAAACAGUUCCAGUUUACAUAGUAAAGCAGAUAUCUUGAGAAUAAUUUAUUGAGCAAGUUAGAGGCUUAAACUUAAAAGCAUUUUCAUGAAACCUAUGUGUGAGGCAUUCUAGACACAUGACUGUUAAACUCAAUAAAGAAUUUGCUCUAUUAAUGUGACUCAGCCGCAUUCCACCAAAACCUUGUGACAUUAUCUUGGUAUAUAAAACACAAAGGCAUUGCUAAUGUGUUAAGUUAGGCCUCUGUGAUUAUAAUUGUGAAAGAGAAACAGUGACAAAACCUGGGAACCAUGAGCACAGUCUCGUAUUGGAGAGUCGAUAUAAUUACUUUGCACUAACAUUUACAGGAUGUUCACCCAAUUUUAAAUUGUACUGUAUGUGGCUUUUUGAAGUCUUCCUUGACUCUAGUAAAAUGUAGUUUGAAACUUGUAAACAA